AUGCUCAGGAGACCCUGGGAGCCUCAUGGUAAGACCAUGAAGAAGACCGCUCAACGGAGGUUGAACUUUAGCGACGGAGUCCUCGCGUUCCGUCCGCAUCUAUCGUACGAAUCCCUUUUCAUUGACACGCGCUUUUGCAACUUUUGCCCCUCUAAUACUCACAUUCCACCGACGAUUCCCAUCAUCAACCAACCAUCCUUAUCUUGCCUCAAACAUGGCCACCGCUGCUCCCCCACCUUCUUCCUCAACAUCCACACCAAGGACCUCGCCGCCGCCACCGCCUUCUUCCAGGCCAUCGGCUUCACCCACCUCACCCACUGGUCCGACGACAAGUCAUCCAGCUUCACCCUACCCGCCCCCAACCAGAAUGUUGCCCUCAUGAUCCACACCCACGCGCGCUACAAGGAUUUUAUCCGCCCCGGCAACACGCUCGCCGACCCCAAGACGUCGAGCCAGGCCCUCUUCAGCAUCGGCGCCAAGACCAAGGAGGAGGUCGACGAGGCGCUGCAAAGGCCGUGGACGCCGGCGGCGAGAAGGAUCCGUUCGUUAUGGAGGGUACGGUGA